AUGACCUGGCCAGAGCCAAGAAAUACCGGCAUGCUCUACCGCCGCCUGGGCAACUCAGGCCUGCACGUUUCCGUGCUUGGUCUGGGGGGCUGGCUCACUUUCGGUGGACAUGUCGACAACGAAAAGACGGUGGCUUGCAUGAAGCAGGCGUAUGACUGCGGCAUCAACUUUUUCGACACCGCCGAGAGCUAUGCCGACGGCCAGAGCGAGGUAGCCAUGGGCGCUGCCAUCCGGCAGCUCGGCUGGAAGCGCAACGACAUUGUGGUCAGCACGAAGCUCAACUGGGGCGGGGCCAACGGCGAAGUCUUGGUCAACAACCACGGCCUGUCCCGCAAGCACAUCCUCGAAGGCCUGCGGGCAUCGCUGGCGCGCCUGCAGCUCGAGUACGUCGAUAUUGUGUACGCGCACCGGCCGGACCGGCUGACGCCGAUGGAAGAGACCGUUCGGGCCUUUAACCACGUCAUCGAGCGCGGCUGGGCCCUCUACUGGGGCACGUCCGAAUGGGGCGCCGAUGAGAUCGCCGAGGCCUGCGGUGUCGCCCGUGAGCUGCACCUCAUCGCUCCCGUGGUCGAGCAGCCGCAGUACAACCUGCUGGAGCGCCGCCGCGUCGAGGGCGACUUUCAGCGCCUCUACGCCCGCUUCGGCACCGGCCUUACCGUCUUCAGUCCCAUCAAGAUGGGACUGCUCAGCGGCAAGUAUAACGACUCGCCCGAUGCCCCGCCUCCUGGCUCGCGCUUCGCCGAGAGCCACGACCGCUUCAGCAACCUGGUGCGUGACUCCUGGUACGGCAACGACGAGUGGAAGUCCAACAUCGCCAAGGUCAUCCAACUCAAGCCCAUUGCCGAUCGGCUCGCCGUAACCCAGUCCCAGCUCGCUCUGGCCUGGUGCCUCAAGAACGAGCACGUGACCUCCGUCAUCACGGGCGCAUCAAAGCCCGAGCAGAUCGUCGAGAAUGUCCAGGCCAUCAAGAUACUCGACAAGCUCACGCCCGAGGUGCUGGCCGAGAUCGACGCCAUCGUUGGAAAAGUCGAGCUGGACCCGGCACGGCAGGACUAG